AUGAGUGUCCUGGUCCAGGUCCUGCUCACCUUCCUGAUGCUGUCAGCCUUCCUGGGUGACGUGGUAACUCCAUGGAUACACACACUAGAGACCAACAUGCUGAAGGAGAGCAUGAGGCUGCUGGACGACCUCCAGCAGAAGGAGGUUUCCUGUAACAGGAUGAACGUGACAAAUAUUUUUGCAGAUGAUAAGAGAGGUAACAAUACGGAUAUCUUUUGCAAAGCUGCCACAAUUGCUCGAGAGGGCCAGAGCUGCCACAGAAACUUCAAGGGCAUUUACCUCAACUUGCUCGGCCUGGUCAGGAGCAGAGAAGGGUACAAGAAGCAGUGUCCUGUGGCAGCAGGCAGCACCACCUCACUGAAGAAUUUCCUCAAGGAAUUACACCAAGUCCUCCAAGAAGAUUAUAAGAAUCAGAAGUGA